AUGUCAGACAAUAAAAGUGUUCUCUUGCAAACGAUUCAAAGUUCAUAUUUGAAUCCGGAUGGUGCUGAUGUUUGGUUUGUGUUUGAUGGCGAUCGAGUGCCAGGUCACAAAUUCCUUUUAACCGGAUUGAGCCCAUGGCUGAACAUAACGUUCAAUAGCUCGCUACCAGAGACUGGAAAUGUUGAUAUGACCAAUUCACAAGUGACAGUCGCUGCGUUUAAGGAAUUCUUACAAUUUUUCUACAUGGACGAUGUAACCCUAACAAUGGAAAAUAUUGAGGGUGUUAUUCACUUUGCCAAACAAUCGUUAUCGAAGGAUGUUUUUACGAAGUGUGAACAAUUCCUAAUCAAAUCGUUUACAAUGGACAAAAUAUUUUAUGGACACCAAUUGGCGCUACUGUACGAGGCGGAUGCACUGAAGGCGUUUUGCGAAGAUGAGAUCUGUGUCAAUGCAGAAGCAACAUUUAAAUCGUCAAGUUUUUUGGAUUUUCCGUAUUCGAUGCUGCUAACAAUUCUGAAAUUUGAUUCGUUGGUCUGUGAAGAAAAAGACAUUUUUGAUGCGUGCAUCGCAUGGGCAAAAGCGGCUUGUGAUCGCAACCAAAAAGAUUCAAAAAUACUCGAAAAUCUACGAGCCCAGCUGGAUGACUUAAUCUAUCAAAUUCGUUUUAGUUCAAUGACAGUAGACAAAGCAACCGAAUGCAUCAGAUCAUGUCGUGGACUAUUCACGGCCGCCGAAAUGGAGGAAAUCAUGUGUAUGGUCAACCGUAAAUUGGAUUUUAUAGAGAAAAAGUUCAAUUGGACACCACGGUAUUACAAUCCGAAGUCAGGCAGAGGUAAUCAAUUGCUCUGUUCACGAUAUUCAUCUUCUGACAAAACCAAUGAUGAAUAUAACCCCAGAGGGUCCGAAAAAAUAACAUUCACCUGCAAUCGACGCGUUGUAUUGAAUGGUUUCUAUUACGAAUGUUCGGGCUUCGAUGGUGAAUCGUUUACGGUCACAAUUACUGAAGCAAAAUCUGAAAAUGUGACUGAACGCUAUAAUCAAGAAGUGACGUUUGAUUAUGGGUCCGGAUUAGAGUUGACCAUGAUAUUGUGA